ACACACACGGCGCCACAGCUCGAUCGGUCGCCGGCGGCGAGGAGGAGGAGGAGAGAGCGUCGAUGGGGUCGUUGCCGCCGGCGGACCAGGAGGCGGCGCGGCGGCGGCCGCACGCCGUGAUGAUCCCGUACCCGGCGCAGGGGCACGUCACGCCGAUGCUGAAGCUGGCCGUGCUGCUCCACGCGCGCGGGUUCCACGUCACCUUCGUCAACACCGAGUUCAACCACCGCCGCCUGCUGCGCGCGCGGGGCGCCCGCGCGCUCGACGGCGCCGCCGGGUUCCGGUUCGCCGCCGUCGCCGACGGGCUCCCGCCGUCCGACGCCGACGCCACCCAGGACGUCCCGGCGCUGUGCGCCUCCCUCCAGGCCACCUGCGCGCCCAGGUUCAGGGCGCUCGUCGCCAAGCUCGACGAGGAGGCCGACGCCGACGCCUCCGGCGCUGCCCGCCGCGUAACGUGCGUCGUCGCCGACAGCACCAUGCCCUUCGUCAUCCGCGCCGCCCGCGACCUCGGCCUCCGCUGCGCCACGCUCUGGACCGCCAGCGCCUGCGGCUUCAUGGGCUACUACCACUACAAGCUCCUCUUCGACCACGCCAUCUUCCCCCUCAAAAGCGAGGAGGAGCUCAGAAAUGGGCACUUGGAGACGACGGUGGAUUUGGUUCCCGGCGUGCCCAAGGACCUGCGCCUGCGCGACCUGCCGAGCUUCGUGCGGAGCACGGCCCGGGACGACGUCAUGUUCCACUACUUCAUCGACGUGACGGCGACCAUGCCGGCAGCGUCGGCGGUGAUCCUCAACACCUUCGACGAGCUCGACGCGCCGCUGAUGGGCGCCAUGGCGGCGCUGCUGCCGCCGAUCUACACCGUCGGCCCGCUGCACCUGGCGGUGCAGAACGGCGCCGUGCCGGCGGACAGCCCCGUCGCCGGCCUCGGGUCCAACCUGUGGAAGGAGCAGGAGGAGCCGCUCCGGUGGCUGGACGGCCGGCCGCCGCGCUCCGUCGUGUACGUCAACUUCGGGAGCAUCACAGUGAUGUCGGGCGAGCACCUGCUGGAGUUCGCGUGGGGGCUGGCCAACAGCGGCUACGCCUUCCUGUGGAACGUGCGGCCGGACCUCGUGCAGGGGGACGGCGCCGCGCUUCCGCCGGAGUUCGCGGCGGCGACGGCGGGGAGGAGCAUGCUGUCCACGUGGUGCCCGCAGGCGAAGGUGCUGGAGCACGCCGCCGUGGGGGUGUUCCUCACCCACUCCGGCUGGAACUCCACGCUGGAGAGCAUCUGCGCCGGCGUGCCCAUGGUGUGCUGGCCCUUCUUCGCCGAGCAGCAGACCAACUGCCGGUACAAGCGCACGGAGUGGGGCGUCGGGACGGAGAUCCCCGAGGACGUGCGCCGCGGCGACGUCGAGGCCCUGAUCCGGGAGGCCAUGGAGGGGGAGAAGGGGAGGGAGAUGCGGCGGCGCGUGGCCGGGCUCCGCGAGAGCGCCGUCGCGGCGGCGCGGCCGGACGGCCGGGCCAUGCGCAACCUCGACAAGCUCAUCGACGAGGUGCUCCUGGCUUGAGAAAUCAUGUAUCCCUGAGUGCUACUGUUCAUUUGGUUUUUAGAAUUA